AUGUCAACAAUGCUUUAUCGCAGAUUUUUGUUUACUGAUGAAGAGCGUACAAAUGUUUCUGCGGUUGCUUAUAAUGCUGUUAUUAAAGAAUUUGCUAAGCUUCUUCUGCCAUACAAAAGAUACUACCUUUCUGGAGCAAAGGUUCGACCAGAGAUUCCUUUGUAUCAAGUUGGUGAUUCCAGGUACAAUUGGCUUAUAGUUACGCGUACUCACACCGAAGUAUACCAAGAAUCCCUCCCUCCACAGCUUCUAUGCAAAAUUGAUAUCCAUACAUUUGCAAACAUACACAAAUAUGCUGACACGGAAAACCGUAGAAGUGAGUUUAUUGUACAAAUACAUACAACUUAUCAUGCUACACUAGUCUAUAAUUUUCAAGUAAACAACAUGCAUAACAGUAUACCUAACUUUCGUUUUUUUUUUCCACACCAUUUGUUGUCCGGUCAAGACUCUAGGGAAAAGCCAAUGCUCUUAACACUAUGGAACCAAUUUGAAGAGGAUAAAGGUGCACACUUAGCUAACACUGUAUCAGCUGGAAAUACAGACUCAUCCCAUUGCCUGAAACGAACGACUGAUGUCAUUACUAUUAAAGAUGCCUUAGCAUCAAUCAGAUAUGUCAAAACUUGUUGGAUAAGCGGGAAAAUCAAAUUCGUUAAUGACAAUAGGCCUUUAUGGACAGCCACGUGCCACGUUUGCCUCAAGAAUUACAACAUGCCUCCAAACACCCCAAUGAAGUGUCGCAGCUGCCGAGAAGACUCUCAUGUUGAAGAAGCAAGGUGUCGGUUACCAGUAGCGAUUCAAAAUAAAAUUGGAACCAUAUAUGCAAUCAUCUAUGGUGCUGAUGCGGAACAACUGAUCCCUUAUAACAACAAUGAACUUUUUGAGGCAGAACAACAGUCAGAGUCUACUUACCACACAAUACUCAAGCUUUACAUUGCCGAGAUGAUGGUGGUUCAGGGUGAUAUGACUGAAAUGAAAUCAUCUACAAAAGAACAUCAACAUCAACAUCACCAAAGUAAUCUAUUCAGCCGGACUCUUAAAAAUGUGAUGGAAUCCGUCGCCAUCAAAGAUGAAAAAGCCCCGCAUGCACCCACUCCAGAAAGCUCGACCAAGAAGCGGAUCAACUUCGAUAACCAACAAAUCACCACACAGGCAACCAGCGCAACUACACCACAAUCCUCAUCACACUCAACCCUUCAAGGAACUGUCAAUCCUACUGCAACCCCUGCAAGCCCUUCAAAGAAAAGUCGCCCGAAAAUGGAUUAA